AUGAGCUCCCUGUCAUCGAAUAUCCUCUUCAGCAGCAUCGCCUAUUUCCCUACUUGGCUGGUCAUUACACGAUACGGCUGUUUCAUAGGAAAACAUAAAUCGUUACUCUUCAGACUCAUGGAGCAUUUCACGAACUACAUUAUGCGUGUGAUGCAAAACGAGAAGUCGGAUGAACUGGCGGAAUUCUCCAGAGAGAUUCAUGCACUCUCAGCAGUAGCGAAACCUGUGUCGACUUGGUUCGGAGUCGAAGCACUUGGUGAGGCACGACGAGCUUGUGGAGGUCAUGGUUUCCUAUACAGCUCAAGACUGAAUGAACUGCGCGACAGUUUCGAUCCGUCUCAAACUUUUGAAGGAGAGAACUACAUGAUUUUGCAGCAGACCAGCAAUAUUCUGCUUUCCAAGAUGCGAUCUCCAAAAACACCGACACCAAUGGGCACAUUUGACUUCCUUUAUGAGACACCAAAACAGUUCAGUGCUUUCACUGACGACAUAGUCAAAGAUACAAUGGAUACAUAUAAAUGGUUGAUUCAUUACUACCUCAAACAAACCGCCACUGAUUUGGAUGUCGAGAUGAGCAAGAAUAAAGGAUGCACAUUCUCUGCUCGCAAUAACGUUCAGGUGCAUAGAGCUCAGCAACUCUCCAUCACUUACGCCGAGUUAACGAUUGUCAGUUGGAGCCGAGAGUUUGUUGAUGAAGUUGAAGAGCCAUCGAUCAAGGAGGUACUCUAUCGCCUCAUUGCUCUUUAUGGCCUGUUUUCUCUUGAGAAGCACCUUGCCACUUGUUACAUGGGUGAGUUCUUGACUUUUGUUCUAUCUGAAGCAUUUUUAAUCAGAGCGCACGGGGACAUCAUGAUCAGAGCGCCAUUAUGUCUUCUAUGCGCUUCGAUACUUCCUAUUCAGGUGGCUACUGCUCCUGGACCGAAGUUUGGAGAAACUAUCCGUCAGAAUAUUCGACAGCUCGAAGGCGAAAUCUACGCGGACGCUGUGACAUUGGUCGAUGCUAUUGCUCCACCAGACUUCGUUCUGAACUCGGCACUGGGCGCCAGCGACGGCAGACCGUACGAUCAUCUGAUGCGUGAAUUCCGUAAGCACACGAAUCCUCGGCCACACUGGUGGGAAGAUCUGAGCGCUUUCUUGGAGGAGAACAAAAAGCGGUCAAGUAAACUUUAA